AUGUCGCGAACAUUCACAGAAAUGAACAGACGAAGCGAGGAAUCAGAUGGCGAUAUGGCUACUGAUCUAGCCUCGCCGGUGCGGCGGCUCUCUCUUUCCCCGAAGACGAGGCCCCAGCCUGUUUCUGGUUCUGCUGGGGAUACUAAAUCACCUUAUUACGAUAAAGUAACCAGUGUUCCCCCUGAAUCAGCUUUGAUGAUUCUCUGCGCACAUGUGAAAAAAUUAGCCAAACUUACUGGCGAUAUCCCCUCAUCUACUACACCAAUGGGAGAAACCACCAUCUCAUACCAGACGGCGAAUGAUAACUGCGCCAUGGCAGACAACUUUUCGUUGAACGCUAACCCGAGAGCUGGGACAAAAGAUCCUUCUACCGUCUCCCCAAUGAUAUUGAUCAAGAGCUUUUACUGCAAGCAGAUAUCCCCGAUAUCUCUGGAAGACUAUCUCCUCCGAGUCCAUCGUUACUGCCCGAUGUCAACGGCAGUAUAUCUCGCCACAAGUCAAUAUAUCAGACGCCUAGCGAUUGUGGAGAAAAUCAUAUAUGUUACACCACGCAACAUGCAUCGGCUCGUUCUAGGAGGGUUGCGGGUAGCAGCGAAGAUGAUGGAGGAUCUCUGCUACCGACAUGGACGGUUUGCUAGAGUUGGGGGAGUGACGGAGCGGGAGCUGGCGAAGCUCGAGAUUAAUUUCAGCUUCUUGAUGGAUUUCGAGUUGUGGGUUGAUGUCGAGAUGAUGUUUCGGGAAAUCGAGGCAUAUCGAGAGGGGUGA